CAGAACGGCGCAGGCGCAGUGGGUGGCGGCGGCCGUUGGGAUUCAAAGCAGGGAAGGAGAAACCGGUCGGACCGGGAGACGAUGGCGGCAGCGGCCUUCCAGCGCUCGUUCGACCCCGAGGACCACGAGCUGGACAAGGGAUUCCGGCUGACGGCUCUCUCCGACCUGAAAGGAUGAGGCUGCAAGGUCCCGCAGGAGGUGCUGCUCAAACUCCUGCAGGGACUCGAGCCGGAGCCGCAGCCCGACGCCGGGGCUGGCGGCGACGACGACAACAGCCAGUUCCUGGGCACCGUCAUGCCGCGGAUCGGGAUCGGGAUGGAUUCCUGUGUGAUCCCGCUGCGGCAUGGCGGCCUCUCCCUUGUACAGACCACAGACUUCUUCUACCCGCUGGUUGAUGACCCCUACAUGAUGGGCCGUAUUGCCUGCGCCAAUGUCCUGAGCGAUCUCUACGCCAUGGGCAUCACGGAGUGCGACAACAUGCUGAUGCUGCUGAGUGUGAGCCAGAAAAUGACCGAGAAGGAACGGGACAAGGUGGUACCCCUGAUGAUCCGGGGCUUCAAGGACGCAGCGGAGGAGGGUGGCACCUCGGUGACCGGCGGGCAGACAGUGGUGAAUCCGUGGAUCAUCAUUGGCGGUGUGGCCACUGUGGUCUGCCAACCCAAUGAGUUCAUCAUGCCCGACAACGCGGUCCCGGGUGACGUGCUGGUGCUGACAAAGCCUCUGGGGACGCAGGUCGCUGUGAACAGCCACCAGUGGUUGGAGAACCCUGAGAAGUGGAACAAGAUCAAGCUGGUGGUCUCCCAAGAGGACGUGGAGCUCGCCUAUCAGGAAGCCAUGUUCAACAUGGCCCGGCUAAACAGAACAGCCGCUGGACUGAUGCACACGUUCAAUGCGCACGCGGCCACGGACAUCACCGGCUUCGGCAUCCUGGGCCACGCGCAGAACCUCGCCAAGCAGCAACGCAACGAGGUCUCCUUCGUCAUCCACAACCUCCCCAUCAUCGCCAAGAUGGCAGCCAUCAGCAAGGCUUGUGGCAACAUGUUCGGCCUCCUCCACGGCACGUCAGCGGAGACUUCUGGUGGCCUGCUGAUCUGCUUGCCCCGCGAGCAGGCAGCUCGCUUCUGCGCCGAGAUCAAGUCCCCCAAGUAUGGCGAGGGCCACCAGGCCUGGAUCAUCGGCAUCGUGGAGAAGGGCAACCGGGCAGCGCGCAUCAUCGACAAGCCCAGGAUCAUCGAGGUGGCACCCCGUGGCGCUGCCUCACCCCAGGACAACAAUGCCAGCGCCAGCCCUGAGACCCCCUCGUAAGGGGGGCGGCGGGAGGGAGGGUGAGUCCCUGUCCCUCGUGCACCCCCCACCUUUAGUUGCUCCUCCUUCUUCCCUUUUCUUUGCCACUCCGAUCCCCAAAUGGGAACCACCUACUGCCUGAAAUUUUUAUUUUAAAACCAUUGGCCUCCCCUCCUCAAAGUGACUGACUGCCAGAGCAAGGGUUUUCCCUUUGUGAGCCUUCCUUUUCCCCUGUUGUUUCUAUUUCCCUUUGUUUUCUGUACUGUAAGCCCCCCCCCAAACACCCCUCCCCCAGGGGCUCAAAGUGGGGGGGGGGGGCAGCCAGCUGCGAUCCGCACAGUACCGUAGCAUGCACCCUCUGUCUUCAUGAUUUUCCCCUGAGAAUCUGGCUUCAGUCACAUGGGGAGAGGACGUGUCGGGGACGGAGGGCCCAAAUUACCUCAAGCCUCAGACUCGGCUCCUCCUCGCCAGGCCGUGAGGGAGUUUGAGGGGCAAAGAGGGGCUGAAUGUAUUUUCAUGAGCAUGGGAAGCUGGGCUUCAUGACCUCAUUAGCCUGCUGCUGACGUUUAUUUAAAAGAGCAAGUCCCUCUGCAGCCCCUUCCUCCUGAGAUCUGGGUUUGGACGCCGGGUUCCCCUCCUUCCUUGUGUUAGGGGAUUAUCUGAGCCCACCCCCUCUGUGUCCUUCAGACAUCCAUACCUCUCUUCCCUGCCUCCACUCGAAGACACUGGCAAAGAGAGAGAGGCUGUCUCUGCCUCCCCACUACCCUCGGUGUAACCGGGGACAGGGUCCAGCUCUGGGAUCCUGGGUUUUAAAGCAAAAGAGACUGACGCCCUCUUUUCCUUUUCUCUGCCUCAUUUUCCCCCCACCCCACCCCUCCCUCCCCAAGCCAAGUAACUACACCGGCGAUCCCCUUCAGUAGACUGACAGUGAUUUAACCGUAGAGUGCAGUUAAUUAUGUGUAGGUGUGAAUUUGAAAUCAGGGUUUUCUGAUACUGUACAGGGUUCUGUUGUUCAAAUGAAAAAUACCCCACCAGUCAAUUUGCUGCAGUGUGCAUUUUUCCCUCCCUCCGAACCCUCCCACAUCGCCGCCUUCUGCAGCACGGGCACUCCCUGCUUCCUUUCCACAACCCCCCCACACCCCUCGUUCCUUGCCCUUGAUUGAGCAGCAGGGGCAAAGGGUGAGGGAAGGGCGGGAGGGAAGUGGGCGGGAAAGGGACCGCCUGCUGGCGGCGGGACCCGCCUGCCGUCGACCCGCAGCCCCGUUAGACGCUAGCCGCGCCCCUCUGCGAAUGAAGCCAACCCCCACAAAGCCCGCCUGGUAACGGGGGGCUGGGGGGAUGGCCGACACGAUGAGCCCAGAGGGGCGUGGUACGUCCAGGCCUGCGUAUCGACGGCCAUGGCUACGUUCCCCCCCUACUGUCAAUCAAAGUAAUGGACCAAUAAAUGAGUUUUUUUUUAUAA